UAAAAAUGAAAAAUCAGUUUCAUAUGUAAAAAUAAUAUUAAAAUCGAUCGAGAUUUUUGGAACAAAAAAAAAAUUAUCUUGUUUUUUUCUAGGUAUGUACUCGAUAUUAUAGGUAAGUAGAUAUUUUAUAUUAAACUAUUGAUUAUAUACAGUGAGGUGCAAAAACCGUUGUCCUCAGCAUUUCAACUACUUCUCAGAGUGAAUACAAUGAAUACAAAAAGCAAUUAUAUUCAUAAAUAAGACAUAAUACAAAGUACUACAAUUAAUAUGUGAUUAUUUUCCUAACAAUUAAUCAAAGCUAACUCAUCACGAUUCUAUUGAAUUUACCAAAUGAUUUAGAAUGACCACAAAGUUGAUUUUGUAGCAUUCCUCACGUAGAAAUAGGGUCUAGUUCGUCGAGAUUUGACAGUUUCUGCUUUUGGAUACGACAUUGGAAGAUCGCUCAGAGAUUCUCAAUUAAAUUGAUGUCGGAAGUGUUUGAGAACCAACCGAUCGUUCCAGAUAUUUCCUUAAGUAAAAAUUGUUUCAUUGCUCAAGUUCUGUAUUCGGGACUCUUGUCUUUCUCGAAUCCCGAAGAUAGGUAGAAUUGCUUUCUGGAAUUGCAGAUAAGAUGAUCUGCAAUGUUUUGAAUGCAAUAAUGAUCAUCGAUAUCCUCUUGAAUGAAUACCAGUCGACCAGGUUCAUGACACUUACACCGCCCUAUACCAUGGUUUUCUACCUGUUCUUUGGAAUUUGCUUGACGCCGAGUCUUGAAUUCUUCGAUCCUCGGUGAAUCGUUUUUCUAACUAAUUCGUGGAAGGUCCUGCCAAUGACCAUUAUUUGGGUCCAAUUUUCACCGUUGUCUCAUUUUUUUUCGUCGAACCAAUUCACUGAGGACUUCAUACUGAACGAUAGUGACAUUGUGAGAUCGAUUAUUAUGGUGCUCGUCCCAUGUUUUCUUUUACCUAGGCGAUAUUGUAUUUGAUAGCCCAAAGAAUGAUCUCUAUCAGGCAAUCGAUUGUUGCUGUCUCGGUACUGUAAAAUAGUUUACGGCUUCGCUUUCAGCGAAGUAACAUUUCGUUGUUCAGAGUACUUUCUUCUCUCAAAGCACAAAUGUUUACGAUGAUUUAUGGUUUACAUAGCUACAUAUCGAUCUCUCUCAUCUUCUAGAGAAUUUUCAAAAAAUUCGUUCUAAAACUUUCAGAAAAAUUGCUUAUUCGAGAAUGGUAAAGACUUUUGCAUCUUACUAUAUUUAUUUUUAAUAAAUCAGAGCUCCAGAACUUUUACUUGGUUGUACGGAAUAUACAACAGCUGUUGAUAUAUGGUCAGCUGGUUGUUGUAUAGCUGAAUUUCUCAAUGGUUAUGCUAUAUUUCGUGGUAUUGAUUCAAGUGAUCAAAUGUAUCGAAUAAUAAAAAUAAUUGGUAUACCAACACGAGAUGAAUUACGUGAAAUGAAUUCACGUUAUACAGGUUCAGUUGAUUUAACUGUAAUUACAUUUACACCACGUACAUUACGUGGUUAUUUACCUGAACGUACACAAGAAUCAGCAUUAAUUUUACUUGAACAAUUAUUAAAAUAUAAACCAAAUGAACGUUUAACAUGUCAAGCAGCACUUGCAUCUGAUUUUUUUUCUGAAUUAAAACAACAUUCUAUUUUAUUGCCAAAUAAGCGUCAUUUACCACCAUUAUUUAAUUUUCGUGAAAAUGAAUUAUUAAAAACUUCACAUUUAUAUUCAACUAUCGUACCUGAUUUUAUACGAAAUAAUCUUACUGAUAUGCAUGACAUUGAGAAUCAUAAACUAACAUUGAAAUAG